CCCACGUCCCUGGAGCGACAUAGGGCCGGCUGCUGCUUAGGUUUUGUCCCAGUUCCUAGUGCAGGCGGUUGCUGCGCUAGGGGUGGUGGGGCCGACGCGGGUUUCCCCGGAUUUUUGGCUCUGCGGAGCGACCCGCGCUGGCCAGGCCGAGGGGCACGAGUGACCAUGGUUCCCGUGGGCCAGCGGCCGCGUUAGCUCACCCACAGUAUAGAAUUUAAACCUUCUCUCCAAAGUGUAUGGUAAAACUAAAGACAACGACGAACAACUAAAGGUAGUGUAGAAUUGUGAUUGGCUCGAUAAUAACACGAGGACAAAGUUAAGAGAUUGCAACUCAAGCAUACGUUUUCCUAAGACUGCUAUGAAGAUGUUUGAUAUCAAGGCUUGGGCUGAGUAUGUUGUGGAAUGGGCUGCAAAGGACCCAUAUGGCUUCCUUACAACAGUUAUUUUGGCCCUUACGCCACUGUUCCUAGCAAGUGCUGUACUGUCUUGGAAGUUGGCCAAGAUGAUUGAGGCCAGGGAGAAGGAGCAAAAGAAGAAACAAAAACGUCAAGAAAAUAUUGCAAAAGCUAAACGACUAAAGAAGGAUUGAAGGAA